AUGCCUACCGACGGUAUUUCAUCAGCUGUACUCGUGGCACAAAUGUCUACUUUAACCAACAUCAUUGGUGCUUCUACAAUUACAUCUAGAGGCAACAUGCUCGCUGCAAGUGUUUUGCAUGUUGUAAAUGUGGAGAAGAUGUUAGCACUCGCCCAGAUAGCGUUGGUGGCGGUCAUUUCAACAGCUGCACCUGUUGUGCAAAUGUCAACUGCAUCUGGGAUCAGCCUGCCUGUAGAUGUCAACUGCCUGCAAGUUGAUACUUUUGAUGCGUUCACAAUCCCUUCAAAUACUUCUUUGCCAGCACAACCUUCUAAUGGAGUUCCUCCACAGACUGCACUUGAUAACAGUGGUGACUCAACUUUUGAGGUUCUUGAUGGGUAA